GUCAGAUGUUAUGAAUACGCACGUAUUCUUACAGGAAAUCUCCAAAAUUCAAAUUCAUACUUUUCAAAUAAGUAUCUUAUAGAAUCGCUUGCUAGUUUAUUUUUAAAUUUUUUUCUUUAACAGAUCAAUAAAAUGGAUGAAAUUGAAUAUAAACUAAAAACGAAUACUAGUGUUCUCAUAGUAAAUGCUGUAGAUAAGUUGAUAUCUACAAUAAAAUCCAAGUAUAAGCCGGCUGAGAGACCAAAAUUUGUUUUAGAGAAUGAAGAAUUAAAGUUUUUGAGAGAGAAAUGUUCUUCUCCGGAUCCUGUUGUGAGCCUUACUGCAUGUCAAGGUUUACUCGCCUUGGUGGAAUUGAACGUGCUGGAAAUAGGGCAUACAAUGUCAACUGUGGUAUCACUUUUGCCUACAGCACAUAACUUCUCUGCAAUAAUAUCAACAAUGGCUGGUCUUUUAGUAUUAGAUUUGAAGUCACGUCUCAUUCCUGGGCAACCAUAUAAGUGCCAGUUCUCUUUACGCUCACCACAGCAUCCCUUUAUCACUAUACUGGAGAAGAAUAAAGAUAUAGAGGACAAUGUCUUGGCUCAAAUGCAUGCAUUAUGCACAAGUCAUGAAUAUUUGGUAUCGUCAAACAGCCUUGAGCUGUUAAGGCCAGUAUUCCUCUGGUUGACCAGCAAUCCACAAAGACCUAGAGGCAGCUCUAGAGUUUGGCAAUUAUUGCUAAGUCUUCCACAGUCGGAUGCCCAGUCAUCCUUGCUUCUUGCAUGUCUCAGUAGCCAACAGAUAUGUAAUCCAAAGUUAUUAGAAAGUUCCGUAUGUGCUUACUCUGCAGUGACUGAAGCGGCUAUAUAUCAACAAAGAAGGGAGUAUAUAGUGGCCUUUGUGCCAAUGCUUGCAACAAUAUGCAGUCAACUACUCAAACAUGGUCGCGAUCCUCGGCCAUGCUACAGUUUAAUAGAUCGCUGUUUUUCUAUGGACGUCCCGGAGCUUAAAUGUGUGUCUGGACUUACAUUGAUAAUACUCGCAGACAAUUUGACAAAAACCGCGGCCUUAUAUUUACAAGAACUGUUCAACUUGUGUCUGAACAUAAUAAGCAAAUACGAAUACUCAACAGUAUGCCUUAACGCUUUCGUUGGCCUUUCCCUACAGUGGCUCCAUCUACCAUCGUAUCUGACGACAAACGCCCUCAACACGGCCUCAAAAAUCUUGGAAAUACAACAACAGGAAAAAACAGACAACUGCCUUUAUAUAGCUAAUUUAAAAUCCAACAAAACAUUCCAAAAUUUAGUCCAAACAGAACGGCAUUUGCAAAUAUAUUUCAAGUUAUUGGAAACAUGGGAACGUCUGGAUAAUCCAGAUAAAUUAAAAUCGUGGUUUGGUGUGUUGUGUAGUACUAAUGAUGACUUGAAAGUGGAGUUGCUUCCGUUUUUGGUUGGAUUGUGUUUGAAUAAAACUCUCGAUGAGGAUGUAGUGGUGAAAGUGAUACAGUGUAUAGUGCAAAUAGUGGGAGUUAAGAAGGUGGUAUCGGUGACAAUUUUGCCGGUUUUGGUGCACAAAUUGGCUGAUAAUCGGCCUAAUGUCAAAUUGGCCUGUUUGAAGGGUUUGCCGAUCAUGGCUUCAACAAAGGAAAAUGUUCCAACAAUAGUUGCGGUAUUAAAUAAGUUUAAGGCCAAUAAAGGCGUCCCUACGUCACUGCUAAUUGCGCUGUAUACGAGUUUAGCUGAAACGCAGGUCAGAUGUUUUCCAUAUCUUCAAGAGCUUUUAGUUGAUACCGCAAUGAAACCAGACGAUCUCAAAUGGGAAAUUGAUCUCGCAAAAGCACUUGCUGUCAAACGGAUUUGUGAGGCGCGCGCCUCAUCACAUGGGCUGGAGCUAGUCUCCGUGAUAUCAUCCCUUCUCAACCGCUGUACGGAUAAGUCGGGCGGUGUGGCAACGUCGCUCGCAUUAGCAGCUCUUGCAGCGCUAUGGCGUGGUGCGGCCGUGGCCCCACCUGGAACUUGGCGCGCUCUGGAACCCAGACUUGGGAGAGACACGAGACCAGGUGUACAAGUUAGCCUGUGCAAGCUUCUAGCUGAAAUUCCCGCCUUACGUGUUUCUACGGCGGAAUACGACAAGUUAGUGAGUGAUGCUGCUAAGCGAUUAUGGGUGUAUGUUGCUGAAGGCAUCUCGCCCGUAUGUGAAGCCGCUUGCCACGCCCUUGCUAACUAUAAAAUUGAAGAUUUCAAGUUAAAGGAUAUUCCUGAGAUUUACAUACGAACAGUCAAACUGCCACCGUCGUAUUGCAAGACCCCCGCAGAUGCAAUGCGUAGGCCCGAAGACGUUCUUGACUACAUACCUUGUGAGGUGUGGCCGGAGUUAUUUAAAUCAAACUCCUCCCUAACUGGAGUGGAAUAUUUCGUGGGAAAACUAAUAGAGAGGGAAGUCAGGGGAUUCCGAAGUGGAGUCUACAUGAUUGAAGGACGGGAACCCCUAGGUUUAAGUAACCUGCCACCGCAUAGCGUGUUAAGGGGUAUGACCGACUGUGUCAGGAAACAGAUAACAUCGCCGACCUACGACAUCCAAGAAUCCGUCCUUCUAUCGAUGUUGUCGUCCCUUUCUCGCGAAUAUCCUCGUCCGCUGCCCCCAUUUGACAUCUCUUUCUUGCAUGACGUUUGGCAUCGGGGACCGUUGUGGCGCUCCAAAAGUGUUGAGUUAGCCGCGAGACAGGCGUUAACCGUUCCCUCAGCCAAAAGGCUGUUGGACAACUGGUUGGCGGGAAUACAGCCUGGAAGUAGUGAGGAAACAGAUAUAAUGCUAAUUUUUGAAUACCUCCCAAUACUGGCUCGUACAAUGCCACCGAAUAACCUUCGGCAUCCAGUCGAGAACUGCUUGGCUGAAGCUUUUUCUCAUAAGUCAGAUUGCUUCGUAAAUCAACUGCGACUGAUCAGAGAUUGUUUGGAAUGUGAGAGAAUACAUGAAGCCAAUAGAACUUGGUUGUGCCAAGCUGUCGAAACAUAUUUCUCGCUGAUCAAUGAUGAUAGCCCGCUAUGGCCAGAAUACGUAGAAUGCAGUCUUUCCUUAUCCACAAAGUAUUUGGAGAGAAUGACAUCCCCUAGUGGAUGGUGGGAGGUGUCAAGCGAUCUUUUACGCAAAUCUAUGCGCACGCGCAGCGCUUUAGCAGCUAGAACUGAUACAACUGCCCCACUUGUAUGGCUUAACGAGUCUAUUGAUGCGCAUGCACAGCAAAUACUUGAACAGGAUUAUUCCCUCCGAUGUAUAAUGGAAGCUCUAAAAGUGGCCAAACAAGAUGACCCCGCAACAAAACACUGGUUCUUACAACUGAUGGCUCGUACUCAAGUCGCUUUUAAUGAGAUGGAAGAUGAAUCGUCAAAGCUUUAUCUAUGCGACGUAUUUAUGCUUUCAUCGAUCAUGCUCAGCGGCCUUUGGUCCUUCGAGCCGGAUAUUGAAGCUGUAGUAUCUAGCCGGACAAAUAGACAAACUUUAUUGCCUGCAGCUUUAGCUUCACUUCUGAAUAGAGAUGCAUGGAAGGAUUGCACCCUACAGAUGUUAGAGUGGCUAUGUCACACCCGUGAUGCAACGCAAGAUGAGGGUACUUCGCGCGCCUGUCAAAGGGCCUUAUUAGCAUUAAGGCAUUCGGAACUAUUUAUCACGCAUAAGAUAUGGACCAGACUGAGAAACAUGGAGGCGUUUUAACGAGAACACCACUUUGGAAAUAUGAUACCCAAUCUCGAAGAUUAAAAUAUUUAUAUACUGUCAUUGUAAUAUUAUAUCUAGUCCAAUUUGUAAGUGUACUUAAAUGUAGAAAGUUAAAUAAAAGUGUUAUAUAUU